AUUUUGUGUGUUUUUUUAUGAGGGAGAAAUUUUAUUCUUUUUUAAGAAAUGAAUUUUGCUCAUGUAACUCCGAUUGAGGUAAAUAGUUUGCAAAAUGAAUUGUUCUCAAUUUUAUGACACUCUAUAAAUAAGGUGGAAAGGUUAAAAUAGCAAUCAUGUUUCUCUAAGAAGUUGAACGCCAUGGGUUCUAGUAUUUCUGAAAUUGGUGCAUCGAUUAUUGAGGCUGGUGCAACUGGAAACCUUAAACAACUUAAGGCAAUUAGAAACAAGGUUAAUGAUAUCAGAGAGUACCGGAAAAUAUGUGAUGAAUACAGUGACUUCACUACUGGCUGGAAUGUCUUGCAUCACGCCGUUGAAAUUGGAAAUUUUGAGAUUUGCAAAUUCUUGAUAACGACCGUCAAAGUUUAUAUUGAUACCUUGAAUUACAAUGGGGAUACUCCUCUGGCAGAAGCUGUCAUAGGGGAGCAUGUCAAAAUUGUGAAGUUUCUUGUCAAACAUGGUGCUGAAAUUAGUCUUCCAAAUAUUGAGGGAUUCACUCCGCUGCACUAUGCAGUUCUAAAAGAUAAUAUGGAGCUUAUGGAAUUUUUGCUGAGAAAAGAUGCUCUUGUAGACGUAGAUUCUGUAGAUGGAACACCUUUGCAAAUUGCUGUUUCUCGUGGAAAUGUUCAGGCUGUCAAGUAUAUCCUGUCUCGUGGAGCAUGGUCAAGUCUUUUUUGUGCAUUUGCGGACAGCCCUCUUGUAUGUGCAGUAAAGUCUCACUCAUUUGAAUGCCUGGAAUUGUUGCUUGAGGCUGGUGCGGACCCAAAUUUGUUUUUCAGUGGGAUAAGUCCUUUGGGAGUUGCUGCAACAGAAGUAGACACAAAAUUUCUUAAGCGCUUGCUUAAAGCUAAUGCAGAUCCAAAUGCAGAUCUCUUUGUACCUAUUGAGGAAGCUGCCAUGGUGCAUAAUCGUGCAGCUGUGGAGAUUUUGUUUCCAGUGACUAAACGGCUUGCAGUUUAUCCAAAUUGGACUGUUGAUGGCAUAAUCGAGUACAUUCAUUCUGAUGAAUUUAAAACAAUGAAAGAGCAAAAACUGAUAAAUCACUUGGCUGAACUAGACUCUGGAGGGAUGCAUGACGCGAGCAAUAAGCAAUACACCAAUGCAAUCUUACAAUAUAGAAUGGCUAGUCUUCUUGAGCCAUCUAACCCCACAUGGAUAUCAAAGCGAAGCCUGUGGGAAGCACGUGGAUUAAACAAUACAGGCACAAGCAUGAUUGCUCUGUUCGAUGCUCAGGAAUGUAUUAGGCUCAAGCCAGACAUCCCCGUCCCUCACUCUCACCACGGAAGUGACAUAGCUGCUGCUGCUAAUGAGUUAUUCAAGAAAUUCCUCAUGGCAGGCCUUGUAUUCUCGCUGGAUCCCUACAACGAGGAAACGCUUCGUGCAUUUAGACUUGCUUUGUUUUAUUACUUUGCUUGGUUAAGUCAGAUGAGCAGCGCGGACGUGAUUUUGAGUUUUAGCUUAUGAAUAACAUUGUCACACUUGUAUACAUUGAUUCAUAUUGCAAAUAACAUUGAUUCAA